AUGAUGGUGGAGGAAGGACAUCCAAAUGCCAGUGAACUGCUAUGUAGUGCCUCAAAUGCUCUUGGAAGUUUAUUGGCCUAUGUAUUCCCAGUUAUUGGAACACUAGAUUUUAUUAACAAUUCCAUUGUAGUUGUUGCAUUCCUCUACUCGUUGAGACGAAAUAACAGGCAGUUUUUCUUCUUCGGAAUACUUGCAUUAUCAGAUAUCGGUAUUGUAAUCACAACUGGUUGGUUAUGGCUGUUUCCAACAUUCGGUCUACCGUAUGCAUCUUCAGGAAGUGUAUAUUAUUUGGUGAUGGCGCGGUCAACUGUAAGCUGUAAGCUGUCCACAUUUUCUCAAUCAUUCUGUUACAUUCUACGAGGUAAUGUUUUACUAAUGAUGACAAUUGAUCGUUUUAUUUUAAUAUACAAACCGCUUCUCUACAAGAGACUUCCAGAAUAUUCUACACGAAUGCUUCUAGUUAUAGUGGUGACAAUAACACUUUUAAUGUCAUUGCCUAUUGUGAUAUACACUGACAUUGUCUUAGCAUUUCAACUUUCUGUAUGUUGGUAUGCAAAUCAUGGAGAAGUGCUUAUACUUUAUCAAAGUUUAUUCUCUAACACGUGUUUAGUACAAUUUUCAUUUGUUAUGCUUCUUGAUGUAUUCUUUUUGGUCAAGAUGAUAAAGUGGUCUCGUAGUCGUAAUCAAGCAGCUGGUUUACAUUCUUCAGAGAUACGAAAUAUUUCGCCUACAAUUACUCUACUACUUCUUCAUACUCUCUCACUUAUUUUUGCACUACCAUGUAGCAUCUCUUUAUUCAUCACAAACACAAUAGACGGUAAUAAUGUUGACAUUCCUGUAAAGUUGAUUCGUUUCUUGUUACUUAGUGUCAAUAUUGGAUGGAUUCUAAUUUUUCUACAAUCUUCAUUGAAUAUCAUAUUGUAUUCUGUACGUAUUAAAAGAUUUCGUCAAGUUUUACUGGGUGGGCUUAAAUGCUGUCGCAUAAACAUAACAGGUGUCAGUGAAAUACCAACGCCGAAUUCAGUGACCAACUCUGUUCAGAAAAAAACGUAG